AGAUGGGGGGAAAAUGGCCGCCGGCUUCGGUGAGGGCGACUCGCUGAAAGCCGCGGUCUCUCCCUUUCUAGUCUUCUGACAGCGCCUGCGGCAAAGCGGGCCCUUUCCGCCCGAGCUGUGGAAGCCGUCCUGGGGCCGGGUUCUGAGACGGUAUUGUAGCUUUCUGUGAAAAUGUCAGUUCUCAUAUCACAGAGCGUAAUAAAUUAUGUAGAAGAAGAAAACAUUCCUGCUUUGAAAGCUCUUCUUGAAAAAUGCAAAGAUGUAGACGAGAGAAAUGAGUGUGGCCAGACUCCAUUGAUGAUAGCUGCUGAACAAGGCAAUCUGGAAAUAGUGAAAGAAUUAAUUAAGAAUGGAGCUAAUUGCAAUCUGGAAGAUUUGGAUAACUGGACAGCACUUAUAUCAGCGUCAAAAGAAGGCCACCUGCACAUUGUGGAAGAACUGCUUAAAUGUGGGGCUAACCUGGAGCACCGUGAUAUGGGAGGAUGGACAGCUCUUAUGUGGGCAUGUUAUAAAGGCCGUACUGAAGUGGUUGAGUUGCUUCUUUCUCACGGUGCCAAUCCAAGUGUUACUGGUCUGCAGUACAGUGUUUACCCAAUCAUCUGGGCAGCAGGGAGAGGCCAUGCAGAUAUAGUGCAACUUUUACUGCAAAAUGGUGCUAAAGUCAACUGCUCCGAUAAGUAUGGAACCACCCCGUUGGUUUGGGCUGCACGAAAGGGUCAUUUGGAAUGUGUAAAACAUUUAUUGGCUAUGGGAGCUGAUGUUGAUCAAGAAGGAGCUAAUUCAAUGACUGCACUUAUUGUGGCAGUAAAAGGAGGCUACACACAGUCAGUAAAAGAAAUUUUGAAGAGGAAUCCAAAUGUAAAUUUAACCGAUAAGGAUGGAAAUACAGCUUUGAUGAUUGCAUCAAAGGAGGGACAUACAGAAAUUGUACAGGAUCUACUUGAUGCUGGAACAUAUGUGAACAUACCUGAUAGGAGUGGAGAUACUGUUUUAAUUGGCGCUGUCAGAGGUGGUCAUGUGGAAAUUGUUCGAGCACUUCUUCAAAAAUAUGCUGAUAUAGACAUUAGAGGACAGGACAAUAAAACUGCUUUAUAUUGGGCUGUUGAGAAAGGAAAUGCAACAAUGGUGAGAGAUAUCUUACAGUGCAAUCCAGACACUGAAAUAUGCACAAAGGAUGGUGAAACACCUCUUAUAAAGGCUACCAAGAUGAGAAAUAUAGAAGUAGUAGAGCUGCUGCUGGAUAAAGGAGCUAAAGUAUCUGCCGUAGAUAAGAAAGGAGACACUCCUUUGCAUAUUGCUAUUCGUGGGAGGAGUCGGAAACUGGCAGAACUUCUUUUAAGAAAUCCCAAAGAUGGACGGUUACUUUAUAGGCCCAACAAAGCAGGCGAGACUCCCUACAACAUUGACUGUAGCCAUCAGAAGAGUAUUUUAACUCAAAUAUUUGGAGCCAAUGAAAUGAAAACUUUUGCAGGACAACAGAUUGAACCUCUUUUUCAGUUUUCAUGGCUUAUAGUAUUUCUGACCCUGCUCCUUUGUGGAGGGCUUGGUUUAUUGUUUGCUUUUACGAUUGACCCAAAUCUUGGAAUAGCGGUGUCAUUGAGCUUCUUGGCUCUCUUAUAUAUAUUUUUUAUUGUCGUUUACUUUGGUGGACGAAGGGAAGGGGAGAAUUGGAAUUGGGCCUGGGUCCUCAGUACUAGAUUGGCAAGACAUAUUGGGUAUUUGGAGCUCCUCCUCAAAUUGAUGUUUGUGAAUCCGCCUGAAUUGCCAGAGCAAACCACUAAAGCUUUACCUGUGAGGUUUUUGUUUACAGAUUAUAAUAGGUUGUCCAGUGUAGGUGGAGAAACAUCAAUGGCUGAAAUGAUUGCCACCCUCUCGGAUGCUUGUGAAAGAGAGUUUGGCUUUUUGGCAACCAGGCUUUUCCGAGUAUUCAAGACUGAAGACACGCAGGGUAAAAAUAAAUGGAAAAAAACGUGUUGUCUCCCAUCUUUUGUCAUCUUCCUUUUUAUCUUUGGCUGCAUCAUUGCCGGAAUUACUCUUCUGGCUAUAUUCAGAGUUGACCCAAAGCAUCUGACAGUGAAUGCCGUCCUCAUAUCAGUUGCGUCGAUAGUGGGAUUGGCCUUUGUGCUGAAUUGUCGUACAUGGUGGCAGGUGCUGGACUCUCUCCUGAAUUCUCAAAGGAAACGCCUCCAUAAUGCUGCCUCCAAACUGCACAAAUUGAAAAGUGAAGGAUUCAUGAAAGUUCUUAAGUGUGAAGUAGAAUUGAUGGCCAGGAUGGCAAAAACCAUUGACAGCUUCACUCAGAAUCAGACAAGGCUGGUGGUUAUCAUCGAUGGGUUAGAUGCCUGUGAGCAGGACAAAGUACUCCAGAUGCUGGACACCGUCCGAGUUCUGUUUUCAAAAGGCCCAUUCAUUGCUAUUUUUGCAAGUGAUCCACAUAUUAUUAUAAAGGCAAUUAACCAGAACCUCAACAGUGUGCUUCGUGACUCAAACAUCAAUGGACAUGACUAUAUGCGCAACAUAGUUCAUCUGCCUGUUUUCCUCAAUAGUCGUGGACUAAGCAGUGCAAGAAAAUUUCUUGUAACUUCAACAACUAAUGGAGAUAUUCCAUGCUCAGAUAAUACAGGGUUGCAGGAAGAUGCUGACAGGAGAGUUUCACAGAACAGCCUUGGAGAGAUGACAAAACUUGGUAGUAAGACGGCCCUUAAUAGACGGGAUACUUACCGAAGAAGGCAGAUGCAGCGCACGAUUACUCGGCAGAUGUCCUUUGAUCUUACAAAACUGCUGGUUACAGAGGACUGGUUCAGUGACAUAAGUCCUCAGACCAUGAGAAGAUUACUUAAUAUUGUUUCUGUGACAGGGCGAUUACUGAGAGCCAAUCAGAUAAGUUUCAACUGGGACAGGCUUGCUAGCUGGAUCAACCUUACUGAGCAGUGGCCAUACCGAACUUCAUGGCUCAUAUUAUAUUUGGAAGAGACUGAAGGCAUUCCAGAUCAAAUGACAUUAAAAACCAUCUAUGAAAGAAUAUCAAAGAAUAUUCCAACAACUAAGGAUGUUGAGCCACUCCUGGAAAUAGAUGGAGAUAUAAGAAAUUUUGAAGUGUUUUUGUCUUCAAGGACCCCAGUUCUUGUGGCUCGAGAUGUAAAAACCUUUUUGCCAUGCACUGUAAAUCUAGACCCCAAACUGCGGGAAAUAAUUGCAGACGUUCGCGCUGCAAGAGACCAGAUUAAUAUCGGAGGACUUGCGUAUCCCCCGCUACCUCUGCACGAAGCUCCCCCUAGACCACCGUCGGGCUACAGUCAGCCUGCGUCGGUCUGCUCUUCUUCCACCUCCUUCAAUGCCCCGUUUGGAGGUGGGGUUGUGUCACCACAGCCUCAUAGCAGCUAUUACAGUGGUAUGACAGGACCCCAGCAUCCGUUCUACAACAGGCCAUUCUUUGCCCCUUACCUUUACACGCCAAGGUACUACCCUGGCGGCUCCCAACAUCUCAUCUCACGUCCAUCAGUAAAAACGAAUUUGCCCAGAGAUCAGAGCAAUGGCCUAGAGGUUAUCAAGGAGGAUGCUGCUGAGGGGCUUUCUUCACCCACAGACUCCUCGAGGCCGUGUGACUCUGGGUUUAACAAACAGAGACAGGGAUCAGGCCCAGCCUCAGGAACAAUAUCACUGAAUUCAAUGAAUGUGGAUGCGGUUUGUGAGAAACUGAAACAAAUAGAAGGGCUGGACCAGAGCCUGCUGCCUCAGUAUUGUGCGACCAUCAAGAAGGCAAACAUAAAUGGCCGUGUGUUAGCUCAGUGUAACAUUGAUGAACUGAAGAAGGAAAUGAAUAUGAAUUUUGGAGACUGGCAUCUUUUUAGGAGCACAGUCCUAGAAAUGAGAAAUGCAGAAAACCAGCUGGUCCCUGAGGACCCACGUUUACUGAGUGAAAACGGCAGCUCAGUUCCUCACGGUGAAUCUGCGCACCGCUCGUCACACGAGUUGCCUCACACCGAGCUCUCCAGUCAGACUCCCUACACACUGAACUUCAGCUUCGAAGAGCUGAACACACUCGGCCUGGAUGAAGGGGCUCCACGUCACAGUAACCUCAGUUGGCAGUCACAAACUCGCAGAACCCCAAGUCUAUCGAGUCUCACUUCCCAGGAUUCCAGUAUUGAAAUUUCAAAGCUUACUGAUAAGGUGCAGGCUGAGUAUAGAGAUGCCUAUAGAGAAUAUAUUGCCCAGAUGUCUCAGUUAGAAGGGGGCCCGGGUUCCACAGCAAUGAGUGGCAGGUCUUCUCCACACAGCACAUAUUAUAUGGGUCAGAGUUCAUCCGGGGGCUCCAUUCACUCUACUCUAGAACCAGAGAAAGGGAGGGAUAGUGAACCGAAGCCAGAUGAUGGAAGGAAGUCAUUUUUAAUGAAGAGGGCAGAUGUUACAGAUUAUUCCUCAUCAGGGGUUUCCACUAACGACGCCUCCCCCCUGGACCCUAUCACUGAAGAAGAUGAAAAAUCUGAUCAGUCAGGCAGCAAGCUUCUCCCCAGCAGGAAGUCCUCAGAAAGGUCAGGUCUCUUCCAGACAGAUCUGAAGCUGAAGGGAGGUGGGCUGCGCUAUCAGAAACUUCCAAGUGAUGAAGAUGAGUCUGGGACAGAAGAAUCAGACAAUACUCCACUGCUCAAAGACGACAGAGACAAAAAAGCUGAAGGGAAAGUAGAGAGAGUGUUGAAGUCUCCCGAACACAGCGCGGAGCCUAUUAGAACCUUCAUUAAGGCAAAAGAGUAUUUAUCAGACGCCCUCCUUGACAAAAAGGACUCAUCUGAUUCGGGAGUGAGAUCCAAUGAGAGCUCUCCCAAUCACUCCCUUCACAAUGAAGCAGCUGAUGACUCCCAGCUUGAAAAGGCAAAUCUCAUAGAGCUCGAAGAUGACAGCCACAGUGGAAAACGGGGAAUACCACAUAGCUUGAGUGGCCUGCAAGACCCACUUGUAGCUCGGAUGUCCAUUUGUUCAGAAGACAAGAAAAGCCCUUCCGAAUGCAGCUUGAUAGCCAGCAGCCCUGAAGAAAACUGGCCAGCGUGCCACAAAGCCUACAAUCUGAAUCGCACACCCAGCACUGUGACUCUGAACAACAACAGUGCUCCAGCUAAUAGAGCCAACCAGAAUUCCGAUGAAAUGGAGGGGAUUAGGGAGAUGCCCCAAGUCAUUUUGAGGUCUGGUUCCAGUUCCCACUCAACUGCCAUUCAGAAUGAAAAUCUGAAAAGCGUGACGCAUAAGAGAAGCCAGCGUUCAAGUUAUAUGAGGCUCUCAAAAGAUUCUUCAGAGCUGCACGCAGUAGCCUCUUCUGAUAGUACAGGCUUUGGAGAAGAAAGAGAAAGCAUUCUUUAAGAAAAACAAGCAACUUUAAGAAAAACAAGCAAAAGUAGAAUAGUGUUACCAUAAUCCCUGUGACAAGACUGACCUGAGUUUUAUGGUGAAUCCAUCCACGCACAUCACCUGUACAUCUCACUCACAAGUAAUGGAUGAGAAGGUCUUUGGUAAAAGAGACAUACACUGUAUACAACAGUGGGAAGUAUAAGAUAGCCUGGUUCAUCCGUCAGCCCCCGUUGUCUUUGUACUUAGAAGCUUAAAAACCCAAUAUUGUUAUUGCACCUUUCGUUGGCAUAUAACUGCAAGACAGGAUCUGAGUAUAAAGAUAGGUCAGAAAUAGUUUAUUAAAUAUAAAGGGCUUAAUUGGCCAACAAAAAUUAAACGCUAGAGACCCCUUUCGUAGAAAAUUCAUUCAUUAAAUAUUUGAGGGAAGACAUGAUGUUAAAUGAACCAGAAGCACAUUUUGCUCUUAAGGGGUGAAACAUAAGAACUUACAGCUUAUGGAAUAACCUAGAGACUAAAGGUUAAUGCUCUGUAAGUUGCGAACCGGUGUUCUGUAUAAUAGACAAAUUGCUUAUCAAAGAGUUUUUAAAUUUUAAGUAGAAAAUAUAAAGAGGGCUUUAAAAAUUGGUAAGAACGCGAGUCAACAGUGCCCAAAGUAGAGCGCCAGUAACUGGGUCAUUGUGAGCUGCUAGGAGAGUGGCCCGUGGAGAGGGGCCGAUCGCCUUCCUGUGACCUGGAUGCUCUUCUCUCCAGAUCCCAGACCUGGCUUCAAGCACCAUCCACCUGCCCGAGAACCCGCCCUGGUCUACUCUGUAACUCCUUUAAAUCGUGUGCUCAGCUUUCCUUAGUGAGCCGAGCGAUGAGAGGAGAAAAAUGAAUUCUUUCUCUGGGAGAAUCAGGGAGACAUGGAUAAUAAUAGGCACUAAAAAUCUUUAUGAAAUGGGAGACUGAGGACAUAACUACAGCAGAAAGGUCAGUGACAGUUGACAAGUGACAAGGAAAUAUUUAGUUAGGGAAAACGAGAUCACUGCCUUCUGUACCAGGGCAGGGUUUAUCUGCUUCAUCUAUUCCUAAAUCAGCAUGUUAAUUCUUGGGGAGGAUCAUAAGAAACACUUGCAGACAAAAGUUUAAAAACAUGUAACAAAGCAAGAGUAAAAAUAAGAUAAAUCUGGGUGCGACUUUUCACUUACUGUUAGCAGAGUUAAGAGAAUGAUCACAUUUAAGUAUUGUGUGGACUAGAAAUUUACCCUGGCAUCAUGCAUUGACAUUUGUUUGGUCAUUUUGACAUAGCUUACUUAAUGUAGAACAAUUUUGGCAGAAUAUCUUCAGUCACAGAUCAGAGUGUAGGUGGUGAGAUCGUAGACGAGCAGUUACCUAAAUUUAGUGUUUACAUUUGUGAUGUUUUUCACUUACUGGGUUUUUAAUAUGCUGAAUAGUUUAUCUACUUGACCAAUCGUUGCAUUAAAAAGUUGCUCUUUGGGGUUUCAUUGCCUUGAUGUUUGAGUGUAAUCUAACAUUUUCAUAAAGUGUUUAUUUUGCAUGACCUUAGCAAAUGUUUUCACCAAUUAAAAAAGAAGGCAGGAUGUUGUUGACAUUGUAUGUUGAAAUGUUAACAUUUUAGUACUUACAGUGUUUAUUAGUCUGCAGUAUUGUGUAAUUAGUAAUUAUUUCAGGGGCGAUACUUUGUUCCUUUUCGGGUGAGUAGUUGCAGCUUAAUAUCACUGUAGUGUAUUCUUUAUUCUGUUUGUAAAGUUAAUACCAGAGUAUUAAGUGUACAGAUAGAUUUAGAAAAGAAUAAAAAAAGUUGCAUGCUAUUCUGAGUCAUGAA